AUGAGCGCAGCGGAAAUCCCCGUGACGCGAGAGCUUGAAUCUUGUCGGCGAACCUCAACCUUUGACACCGUCAGCGAAGCACCUCCACAUCACCCUCCACAGUCUACCCAGCCCUCUCGACACGUUCAAAAUGUCUGGCAUGCUCGGCAACGUCUACAAGCAAGUCCCUCCUCGCGCAUACUCUUCGAUCCGACGAGACUAACCAUCGGCUGCAGCGCGGUCCUCCGCAGCAACACCACCAUGUUGUUCGCCGUCUUUGGCUCCGCCUUCGGUCUGCAACUUGCAUUCGACACAGGCUCCGAGAAGAUCUGGGACAGCAUCAACCGCGGCCGUCAAUGGAAGGACAUCAAGCAGCGAUACAUGGAGGCCGCCGAGGACGACGAGUAG